UGUUCGGCCGUUCCUCCGGCCUCCGGCCGUCGUUGCUUCGGCCACGAAACACUGACGAUCGCCACACGCUCUUCUUCCUCUAUCAGAUCAUUUGCAGUGUUUCAUGUACAUUGAUCUCUCUCACAUUGAGUAGCUGGGAUGUUUUUGGUGACCUUACAAGAACUAAGAUACACCUUAUAACUUCUGUUUGUGCAAGUGUGCAACCAUAAUGCAGAUUGUGACCAGUGUUCCAUACACAUUGAGUUGCUGGGACUUGGCAAGGUGGGUUUCGUAGUUAUUUUACAUCUCCCUUUCACAGGGAAUGGGCGCAUAUUUCACUGUAUGAUUGUGGAUGGUGUUCAAAAUUUGUUGAUUGCAUGGUUAAUAGUACUCCAAACCUGUCUAUUGUGCCCCCAGGUUGUCAUCUCUCUUGGAAGUGGACCAUGGGACCAGUUGUUUGUUGAUAGCGACUCUCCAGCCUUUACUGUAGCAGUCAUCAGUUGCAGCCUUUGCCAGUGGACUUGUUCCCAUCUUGGCCAUUCCACGGAAACCCCAAAAUUCGACACUCAGUUAUAUUCUACCAAAAUGUUACAGAUUCGAGUCAUAGAAACAAUCUGUUUACAUAAUGCAACAGAUAGACUGCACAAAAUACUUUCCUGCCAAUCAUCGCAAAGAUGGUAAGCCUUGGUUGCACCAUGAAAGUUUAGAGUUUAGAAAUGGUCCCCUACUUGUUUGCCUUUCUUGAAUGAAGGUAGCGAUGUUGAUUACACAUUAGUGCUUCAACUAUGAUGCUUGGAUUCUUGUUGGAAUUGAUGUAUAAUUGUCUUGAAGCUCAAUCGUUGGCCAUAUGCUUUUACAAGUGGAAAUAUGCUACUCAUUAGAUAUGUCCAUUUGUGCUAAUUUUGUUCACCUAAAGCUAAAGAAUGCUCCCUUUAUGUGUAUCCUUUUUCCUCCUCUGGUUUCAUCUUUAUGAUUAUUCUGUUUUAUUCCUAACUUUGGAACGGCAUAAGUUCUU